AUGGGAUUUUAUGAGCACUUCAUCAACAUGGUAUGGAACUUGAUAUCAAAUAAUUGGUAUUCAGUAUUGGUGAAUGGGCAGUCCUCAGGGUUCUUUAAGUCUACAAGGGGUGUGAAACAAGGGGAUCCCCUAUCUCCAGCAUUGUUCACUCUGUCAGCUGAGGUACUUUCCAGGUCUUUGAAUAAGCUCUUUGAAGACAAGUCAUUUGUGGGAUUUGGAAUGCCUAAGUGGUCUGAUCCUUUAAACCACUUGGCAUAUGCUGAUGAUACGAUAAUCUUUGCAUCUGCUCAUCCUCCCUCUUUGAGCAAGAUUAUGGCAGUGUUGGGGAACUAUGAGAAGAUAUCAGGUCAGAUGAUCAACAAAGAUAAGAGUUCAUACUACAUGCAUUCAAAGGUUGCUAAUGGAUUAUUUCAGGCAGUUGGAGCUAUUACAGGAUUUGCAAGAGGUAAAUUCCCCUUCACAUAUCUAGGGUGUCCUAUUUUUUACACUAGAAGGAGGAAGGACUAUUAUGAGGAUCUUAUCAAGAAGGUGAAGGCUAAAUUGCAUUCAUGGAAAGGAGAGCUGCUGUCAUUUGGAGGAAAGGCAACACUCAUCUCUAGUGUGUUGCAAAGUAUACCAGUUCACAUGUUAUCAGUCCUUGAUCCACCAAACAACAUCCUACAGCAUCUACAUAAGACUUUUGCUAGGUUCUUUUGGAGCACAAAGGAAGAAGAGAGAAGCAGACACUGGGCUUUAUGGCAAAAUCUUUGCCUCCCUAAAGAGGAAGGGGGCCUAGUUUUUAGUUCCUUACAUGAUGUCUCAAGGGCAAUGUUUGCUAAACUAUGGUGGAGGUUUAGGACCACAAAAUAUUUGUGGUCUAAUUUCAUGUGGAAUAAGUAUUGCAAAAAGGAGCUACCAACAGUGGUGCAUUUUAGGGGAGGGUCUCAUGUUUGGAGACAAAUGCUGAAUGCUAGGGAAGAAGUAGAACAUGCGAUCGUAUGGGAAUUAAAGAGUGGAACCACUAAUAUUUGGCAUGAAAAUUGGACUGGAUUGGGUGCACUUUAUCACAUAUUACCUGAAGACUUUCCAAUCAAUGAAGAUCUUCAGGAGGUGGUAGAACUGCGGCAAGGGGAAGCAUGGGAUGAUCAGCUUGAGGGAUAUUGGGAUAGGCCAUACUGGAUGCCAACUCCUUCAGGCAAGUUCAGUGUUAGCAGUGCUUGGCAAAUAUUAAGGCAUAAGGCUGAUCCUAAUCAGGAAUUCAAGUUAAUGUGGAUUAAAGAUUAUAAGGCAUUGGUGGUAUGCUUAGUGUUGUCCAAAAUUAAAGCCACUAUUUCAAGCAGUACCAGCUAUCAUCACUUGGGAGCUUUGAAAGAGAAGAAAUGCAGAGUAACAUGGAAGCUUCUUUUUCAUGGUUGGUACAAAUAUAAUACUGAUGGAGACUCAAAGGGCAAUCCUGGACCUAGCUCCCUAGGCUUUUGUGUGAGGGAUAAUGAAGGUGAUGUGGUGUAUGCUAGGGAAGUAGACCUGGGAGUGACAACUAAUGUGGUAGCUGAAGCUAAGGCUAUUCUUCAAGGGUUGGAACGCUGUGUGGAGCAUGAUCUUCACCCUCUCAUAUUGGAGACUGAUUCAUUGGUGAUGAAGAAGAAUGACGUCUACAUUAAAGGUUCUAGUAGGGAAGGAUCCGAGCUUACAAGAUCACAAAAAGGCAUAGUUUCAAAGCCUGGCCUUUGCCUUGCAAAGCUUGCUUAA